GUGGCUGGAGGGUUAUCACGGUUACCAGCAUUACCAGGGUAUGAGGUUGAGGGGCAAUCAAACGCACUUGGCACAUCUUUACUUAAAUUAGGGGCGCAUACCAGAGCGCUGCUCUUCACCACGCAUUACAGUAGAGUACAAACGGGGGAAGUUUUUACACAGACAUACUAUAGAGCACAUUUCCUCUCCUUUUCUCCAUUCAGUACCACUGAAAAAUGACUUGGCACUUCCCGUUGGGCCCCUUCUCGCUCUCAGGAUGACACGUUUACUGCGUUUACUCUAUUUACUGUGAUGAAAGCACCUCCACAGAAAGCGGCGUCACUGCCGGCGUUUCCAAAGGUCACUUUGAGCCUCGACGACACUUAGGCCCACGAGACGGGACGCCCUCCUUUCGGCUGCUUCGGAAGACCGCGGCCGGGAGACGCGCCGAAACGCUCUCGAAAGCCGCUAAGAAGGAGGGAGUAGGAGGGAGCGCUCGGACGCCGUUAGCGGCGCCGGGGGAUUGCGGCCGAGGAGCGACGCAGAAGCGCGGAUUAAGCAAACAAAGUGCCGUCGGCUUCUUUGUCCCCAGAAGGAACAGCAGCUAAGGGCCGGCCGACACUUCGAAAGCGUAAAAGCACGCUGCUGUACUCGGGUACUGAUUCACUAGCGUUGCACUUGUUGCCAAAGCAGCUGCACCUCGUGACUCAUGUGAACGCACUUAGUUAAAGUGGACAUAAAGAUGAGUGGAAUUGUUCUCAAGUGUCUCCACACCUGAGUCCUGCUGCCUCUGUUAAUUGAUCGUCUCCGUGUCGCCAAUAGGGGUGGGCGUCACGCCUUCAUUGGGUGCUGUCUUUAACUGGGCUCUUUUUUCCCUCCUUUUUUAAAUUGGGCCCUUUCUACUCACUUCCUUUCUGGGGAGUGAAGGGAAGGACAUGAACAGCAUGUCGUCUCCUUUAGCGGAGCUCCUUCGAGCUGGACUCUCCUUCUCUGAGGACUGCUCAGUCCCACGCAUGGUGGCGUCGUCGCCCAACGAAGAUGGGCUGUACGACAGCCUGGAUGGGAGCUCCACGGAACUGACGGACGUCUUUGAAGAGGAUUUCUUUGAGGGAGAGCCAUGGAGCCCCCCAGAAGCUGAGCUCUGCCGCAGGGUGUGCAUCCAGCUGGAGCGCUACUUUUCGGACGAAAGCCUGGCCGAGGACGCUUUCCUCCUGAAGCACGUGCAGAAGAACCGCAUGGGCUACGUGAGCCUCAAGUUAUUGACAUCCUUCAAAAAGGUGCGGGAGCUGACUCGAGACUGGCGCACCACGCUGGUUGCGGCCCGGAGCUCUUCUUUACUGCAGGUGAACGAGGAGGGCACCAAGGUGCGCCGGCGGGAGCCCUUGCCCGAGUGGCUGCUCUGCGUCCCCACCAGCAAGCUGCUGCUAGCCUGGAACCUGCUGGGGGACCCCGGGGCCGAGGAGCGUGCCACACUGGGCCUGGAGCCGCUCGAGUCCCAGGCCCUCAUGGAGAAGGCCAUGCGGCUGUUCGGCUCCUACGGCGCCAUCGCCUCCCUGCGCGUCCUGCGCCCGGGGAAGGAGCUCCCCGCCGAGCUGCGGCGCUACGCCAAGCGGCACGGGGAGCUGGGGCGCAGGGUGUGCGCCGUCAUCGAGUUCGAGUACCUGGAGGGUGCGCGGCGGGCGUACGAGGCGCUGCGGGGGGCCGUGGCCGAGAGGGGCGUGCGAGUGGCGCUCCUGGGCAGCAGGGGCUCCCGUAAGCUGAGCCUCAGCCAGGACGAGUGCAGAAACUUGGCGGAGGAUGGCGAGGGAGACGGCGAGCGGGGCGCCCCCCGCAGGUCGGCCCGUAAGGCCAAGCACCCGCUCUUCUCGCUCGAGGACUCGGCCCUGUGCAGCUCCUCCGAGUCGGACUUCACGCCAGCCUCCCCCAAGCCGGUGCGGCGGGUGACGCGCCCACAGUCCCUGUACGGCAGCCCGCUCGCCAUCCCUCACCCGUCUUCCUUCUACGGUGACCCGUUCAGCAACCCCCUGGCCAGCCCCCUGGGGAGCCCGCUGAUGCCCCGCAGGCUGUUCGUGGGCGGGACCCCAUCCCCGCUGGCGGCUCCGGAGCUGUGCAGCAGCCUGGGGCCGAGCGGUAGGGGCAGCAGCUGCUGCGAGGGGGAAUGCUCCCAGGACGGCAGGGGUAGCGGCAGUCCCUGGGUUCAGCGGCGGCAGUCGGCCGCUCACGGCUCCUACCUGGAGAGCGUGGCCCCCGCAGGCGCCGUGUCCCCCAGGAAGCCAUGCGUAGCGGUGAAAGUGCUGCGUCAGCCGCUGGGCCCCGACGGCUCCAGAGGCUUCUACAACUGCCUGGGCAGAGGGAAGCUGCAGCUGAGGCAGUAGUGAGGACGAGCACCUGCGACACAGCUCAAGGGUCCACUGUCACUGAAGCACUUCCUACAGUCACUCGGGGUGGUCAGUCAUUAGCGGUUUAAAGAAGCACAGUUUAUGUGAAGCCCACGGGGGGGGGGGAUUUUUUUUUUUCCUCCCUUUUCUAUCGCGCAAAUAAAUUUUUGUACCGAAGAGACUGGUGUCCC